AUGGACUACCAACAGCAAGCCCCCAUGCAGCCGCACCAGCAACAGCAGCAGCAGCAGCAGCAGCAGCAGCAGGAAUACCACCAAGGAGCCAAUGUCCAAAACCAAGAAUGGCAGUCCGGCCUCAUGAACUGCGGGCCCUGCGAUACCUGCAUGCUGGGAACAUGUCUCCCCUGCUUGCUCCUCGGCAAGACCUCUGAGCGCCUGCGCGACCCCACGAUGCAGACCUACGAGGCCAUCAACACCGACUGCAUGCUCAUGUUCGGCAUCAACUGUUUCACCGGCUGCGGCUGGGUCUACGCCAUGAUGAAGCGCGGCGAGAUCCGCGAGCGCUUCGGCAUCAAGGGCUCCGGCCUGUCGGACUGCUGCGUCAGCUACUGGUGCGGCUGCUGCGCUCUCAUCCAGCAGGACAAGGAGGUCCAGGCCCGCAUGUCGACGGGGCCCAUCGUCCAGGGCUACCAGCCGCAGAAGGAGGGCAUGGCCAUGCCGCAGCACAACUGA